AUGCCGGGAACAUGUGAUGACCUGGUAUGGAGGGAUGUAAUGGAUAGAAAUCAUCAAUUAAAAGUGUAACAGUCCUAGAGUGCUCCUAAAGUAAUGACAUAUUAUAACUAGCAAUUUGUUACCUUUUUCUUUUAUUACUAUUACUUAUCCUUUUUUUUCAGUUAUUCUGUGAUGUCCUUCGGCAUACACAAGCAUGAAACGAUAAUGGUAACGAGAUUUUUAACGAUUCUUUGCAGAGCUCCUGGUCAUGCUAUGGGAAAAGUGGGUGUUGCAAAGUCGGUAGGAAUAAUUUUUCACUUGUUUUUGUCGUCAAAAUAAGUGAGUGAGUGAGUGAGUGAGUGAGUGAGUGAAUUCCGAUCUUGAUCCAAUUCUUACUCGAUGUUCACUGUGCUACAUAUUCUUUGUUCCGGAGUACUAGAGAAGACGAUAAACAUCUUAAAAUAAUUUCAGGAUGGCACAUGGAAAAACAAAGCUUUUCUUCGCAAAAAUUUUCAUAAGGUGUGAUCGGCGCAUGGUGAAAACUUACAGAAAAAUAACAACUUGCACAAUGCAGUGAGUUCGACUCAUUGCAUUGUGCAAGUUCACAUGUCAUGUCAUGUGAUCUCUUGAAAAUGGCAUCAAAAAAUGACCAGAUAAUUAUUGAUCUUUUAACAAUCAUUAUUUAUUUUUAUUACUCUAACUAGCAAGAAUACGGAAUUUUGGAAACAUCCUUAAUUUGAGCUUAAUGUACCUGCGGCUAAAAGACGGGUUCGGCAACCCUCAUAUUUUAUCAUUGAAUUAUAAUCAGUACAGUAUAUCAAGAUUCAUCUUUCUGCUAUACAUGCGAUUUAAAGCCCCCUAAAUGAAGUCGUUCUAUUUAUGUAUAACUCUGAAAAAAAAAUUGUGUUCUCAUAUGCUGAUUGCAUUACAGUGAUAGAGAAUUAAGGUCACUGAGCUUGUUUUUGAGUUACAGGAAAAUAAAAUGAAAAAAAGGACGUUGUUUUAGAGGAUGGAGUGUUGCCUUGACAACAUUAUUGUCAGUGAACAAUUAUUCAACAACAGUUUCGCAUGUCGUAUAAAAAUUUCCGAAAAAGUGGAAACUGUUGAAGCUUCGGUUCGCUAAAAUGUGUAAAAAGGCGAACGAACAACGAACGAGAGGCAAACUCUGUUAACUAUUUGUUUUGUUUUUACCAAAGAAUGUUCUACUGGUUUCCACUUCUUCGAGAAAGUGCAAGACUUGCCAACCAGAGGAGCUGCAGCUGUUCAACAUUUUACCUUUAAUGGAAGUCUGUUCCUCACUUUUGGCAACUAUAAUGGAGAUAUUCAGAAACACAAGACAAGUUCCGUGGUUUACAAGAUGGAUGAACCGACUGAAAAGUUCACAUUGUACCAGACCCUGCAAACUAGAGGUGCACUUGGCGUUGAGUACUUUUCUGUCGCUGAUAAACAUUUCCUUGCCGUGGCUUAUCAUUGGGAUGGUACGCACCAACUUGACUCUGUCGUCUUCCAAUGGAACGGACGGCGGUUUGUGGUGUUUCAGAAAUUACCAACAAAAGGAGCUGCACACUUCAAGUUCUUCACUUUAAGUAGAGAAAAAUAUCUCACAGUGGCAAAUCAUCAUGAUGGAAGUACCCCCUCAACAAAAUCAGUCAUCUACAAAUGGAAUGGCGUCAAGUUCAACAAGUUCCAGGAGAUAGCAACUGAAGGUGUCUUUGGUUGUACGACAUUUGAAAUAACCAAUGUCACUUUCAUCGCUUUCGCCAACUAUUACAACUCUCAACAGAAGUAUUCUGUUCAGUCCACUGUCUUCAAAUGGUCAGGAGGACACUUUGUCAAACUACAGUCUCUUCAAACUUAUGGGGCAAUUGACGUGAAGUCUGUUAAUAUCAAUGGUCACACAUUCCUCGCUUUUGCCUGCUACUUCUUUGGAAGUUCCCACAACACUGACCCGUUUAUUUAUAAAUGGGAUGGUACCAAGUUUGUUCUUUUCCAAUCCAUUCCUACUCGUGGAGCCGCUGCUUAG